GUUUCUCAUUUGCUGUCAAAAAUUCGAGACGUUCGCGUAUGGGUUUUUCGCACGACGACGACAGACAACAAAAAAAAAAAGAAUUGUAUUUAGAAGAAAAAAAAAUUAUAUUUUAAUAGAAAACGUAGUUGAGUGAAAUUUUGUUUAAAUUUUAAAGCCUCUGCAGAAAAAAGAAAAUGCUGUCAAAAAAAUUAAAUUAUUUAAUUUAAAGAAUUUUACGAAAAUGAACGUGGAGUGUGAAUAGAAGAAAAUUAUAGCGUUUGUAAAAAAGUGAGUGCUGAGAAAGUUUUUUUUUUCAUUAUUAUAAUUUUUUUUAAGUUGACGUCGCCCUUGUUUUUUUGUGUUGUGUUGUUUUUCUUGAUAUUCGGUGGUACGUUUUAGAAGUGUCGUCUUUGAUUAUAAAAUAAGAAAUUAAAGUAAUAAAAUAUUAAAGGAAAUUUAAAGUAAAAUUAAAAUGGAAAUUAAAAAAAAUUCUAAAGUAAAGUGAUGAUUUUAAAAAAAUUAAAUCAAAAAUAUAAGAGAAAAACACAUUUUUUUCAAUUGUUUUAAAGUGCGAGUGUGUUUGUUGUUGGGUUGGCGUGUCCACUUUGUUUAGUUAUUUAGACACGCACGCCCCAGGUUUAACCCCCUUUGCCAAAAACAACUACAACAAUUUAUUUAUAAUAUAAAUAAACAAUUUUUAUUUAAUUUAAUAGAAUAUUGAAAAUUGUGCAAAAUUUUAUUUAAUAUUGGCUGGUGUUUUGUUGUUGUGAGAGAAGUGUCAAGGCAAAGCUAAAAACAAAAAAAACUAUUUUUCUUUACAAAGAACGAAAGCCAGUAAAAGCAAAGUGAAAACAACAACAGCAACAACAGACGAAAAAAAACAAACAACUAAAAUAAAAUUGUGGCCACUUGUUUUGCCUGUUUUAAUUAAAAGCCAAAAAGAAACGAAAACGUAUUAAAAAAAAAUAAAUAAAAUUAAAAUUGUUUGGUCUGUCUUCUUUUUUUAUUAUUUUGGUGUGUGUUGGAAAAAAAACGACGACGCCUUAGAAAAAAAGUAAAUGAAACAACAACAACCAUGAAAUUAAUUUAAAACAAAAAUAACAACAAUUUGCAACCACUUGUCUGCGACGAAAAAAAAGCUGAAUACAAAAAAAUCACAAGAAUUUCAAGUUAAAAAGCAAUAAAAAGUGUAAUAAAAUUGACAAAUUUAAAUAAAUCAGAAACAAAAUAAAUAAUUAAUAAAAAAAAAUUAAUAAAAUUUAUACAAAAACAAGAUUUAAAAUAAACGCAAAACUUAAUUAACAAAAUUAUGCAAUUUUGUUUUAUCACCUCUUUAAAAAAGCAAACGAAUUAUGUAAAAACAAAUUUAAAAACAGCAGCAACAAAAACAAACGUAAUCUUUCCUCUUUAAUAUAAAAAAACAACAACAAAACUUAAAGAAAUUUAAACAAAACAGCUGUUUUUUAAACCUCCUUUCUCCUCCUCGUUUCUGUUUGGAGAAUUCUUAUUCAAAAUUCCCCCACAUUUUCCAACUAAACUCUAUUACCAGGACUUUAAAAUUCCUUAAAAGAAAAUAAGUGUGGGUGCAAAUUAAAGUGUGUGCUCUUUUCUCUUAUCCUCUUUUAAAAAGUGCCUAGUUUUUUGUGUUGUUGCAAUUGUUGUUAUUUAACCUCUUUGUCCACCCGGCAAUUGUGUUUUUUUUGCUUUACUCUUUUUUUUCUUGUUUAACUAUUCUAACUAUUCUAUUUUGUUUGUGCAGUUUCUAUUUGUUUUAUUGUUGUAAAAAAGUGUAACUCUACUUGUGUUUUAAAUUAACAACAAUAAACCAGAAAAUUCUAAAACAUUUUUUUGGCUGCAAUUAAAUCUACGUGAAAGCAAAAACAAAUUAAAACUAAAAAUUCAACAAAUCUUUUGUGUCGUGUGUCGUUUUUCUACGUCCUCUUUGAUCAUAAUAAUUUCACCAACUUUAACAACUAUAACACUGUAAAAUCGUUUAAAGAUGGCUCAUCACAAUGCUAAUCUUUUGAGUUCGGAUAUAUCACGUCGUAAUCCACAAGAUGAGUAUGAGCUCAUACAGAAAAUCGGUUCCGGCACUUAUGGCGAUGUUUAUAAGGCCAAACGCAUACAGAGCAACGAAUUGGCCGCCAUAAAAGUGAUUAAAUUAGAACCCACAGAUGACAUACAAAUCAUCCAACAGGAGAUUAUUAUGAUGCGUGACUGUCGUCAUCCCAACAUAAUUGCAUACUAUGGCUCAUAUUUGCGUCGUGACAAAUUGUGGAUUUGCAUGGAGUAUUGCGGCGGUGGCAGUUUGCAGGAUAUUUACCAAGUAACCGGGCCACUGACAGAACAACAAAUCGCCUACAUGUCCCGCGAAACAUUAAAAGGACUCGAGUACCUGCAUUCCAUGGGUAAAAUGCAUCGUGAUAUUAAAGGAGCCAACAUACUGCUAACAGAGUACGGCGAUGUGAAGUUGGCGGAUUUUGGUGUAUCGGCACAAAUUACGGCCACCAUUAAUAAGAGAAAAAGUUUUAUUGGCACACCAUAUUGGAUGGCUCCCGAAGUAGCUGCUGUUGAACGAAAGGGUGGUUAUAAUCAAUUAUGUGAUAUUUGGGCUUGUGGUAUAACAGCAAUUGAAUUGGCUGAACUACAACCUCCUAUGUUUGAUUUACAUCCCAUGCGUGCUUUGUUCCUGAUGUCAAAAAGUGGUUUCAAACCUCCAACUCUUAGUAAUAAAGAUAAAUGGAGUCCUACAUUUCAUAAUUUUGUAAAAACAGCUUUAACGAAAAAUCCUAAAAAACGUCCCACAGCCGAAAGGCUGCUGCAGCAUCCCUUCGUACAGGGUGAGAUGUCGGUGCGUGUGGCCAAAGAAUUACUUAAGAAAUACAUGAAUCCCAAUCAACAAUUCUACUACAAUUGGGAUGGUGAUGAGGAGACUGUUGCCAGUGUACCACAACGUAUUGCCAGUAAAAUGACAUCAAGGCCAAAUGGUAUUUCACCACAAAAUCAUACUUUAAAAACAGGCAUGACAUCAUCUAGUUCACAGUGGAAUAAUGAACGUUCUUCUAGUCCUGAAACUUUACCAAGUGACAUUCCUUUAUUAAAACAACAUCAACAAUUACAACAAAGAAAACAAAAACUUACUGGAACUUUAAUUAUGAACAUGUCCUUAAGGAGUCUCUUACAAUAUAUUGAUGAGGAACUAAAAUUAAGAGCCACUUUGCCAUUAACUGAUACCAAAGAUUUACUAAGCACUGAAUGCAAUUGUAGCCAUAAUGGUGGAGGAAAUAGUAACCAUAACAACACAUCAUCAUCAUCAACAUCAGCCGUCGCAUCAUCGGCAGCAAUAAUAACAACAACAUCAUCAUCCUCGUUGUCGGCGACAAGUAACAAUGGUUGUGCAACUGAUGUCGCCGCAACAGCAACUACAAAUAGUUCAAUAAUACAGGGCAGUAGUUGUACAAGUAGUAGUGGCGGCGCGCACACGACCACAAAUGGUUCUGGAAGUUCUUCAACAUCAGUUGCUUAUGGUGUUGGUGUAGCUGGUGGUGGCAACAACGGCUUAUCAAACAUACGCACAACAGCAGUGGAUCAUGUUGAUAAUCAUGCAUCAUUGUUUGCUCACUUUGAUAUGCUAAGACAUGGUGGCCAUCACAACAACUACAGCAAUACAACAUACAAUCGUCCGAUAUCAACACCGGCUUCGGCACUAAUUAACAAUGCGAAUUUAUCGUCGGCGGGUGGUGCCACAACGAACGGCCAAAUGUCAACAUCAACCUCAAUCAAUACGACCAGCGAUGUCGUGGCCUCAACUUCUGCCAACUCCUCCUCCAAUUUCUCCUCUGCGUCAACGAAUGAUCCACAAGCGUCAACAACUGCGGCAAUAACAACAACAACAACCACCAAUAAUAUUACAAAUAACAGUCAUCAUAACUGUGAUUAUCGUCAUGAAAGUAAUCAGAAUGGUUUAGAGGACUCGCCACGGCGACAUAGUUCAAUGGAUCAAUUAUUGGGUUUACUCAAUGAAAUGGGUAAAUCAUCACGUACUCGAAGUCUCAGUGAUGGGGGUACACAAGAAGAUGACGACGAACUUGACAAAGAAGCUCAACCUGAUUUAUUAAACAAUACACCUCCUGUGCCUCCUAAACGUUCCCAUAGACGACGUCACACACCACCACGACCCAUAUCGAAUGGCCUGCCACCAACACCUAAAGUCCAUAUGGGUGCUUGUUUUUCCAAAAUCUUCAAUGGCUGCCCUCUACGCGUACACUGCACCGCCUCGUGGAUACAUCCCGAGACACGGGAUCAACAUCUGUUGAUCGGCGCGGAAGAGGGUAUAUUCAAUUUGAAUAUGAACGAAUUGCAUGAUGCUGCCAUAGAUCAAUUAUUCCCACGCCGUACAACAUGGUUGUACGUCAUCAAGGAUGUCCUAAUGAGUCUGUCGGGCAAAUCGUGUCAGUUGUAUCGGCACGAUUUGAUUGCACUGCACUCAAAGCAAACACAUCGAUUUUCGUUGCACAUGAAUAAGAUACCGGAGCGUUUGGUGCCACGAAAAUUUGCACUGACCACAAAAGUACCCGAUACCAAAGGCUGUACACAGUGUUGUGUUACGCGGAAUCCCUACAAUGGCUACAAGUAUUUGUGCGGUGCCACACCGAAUGGUAUUUUCCUAAUGCAAUGGUAUGAUCCAUUGAAUAAAUUCAUGCUGUUGAAACAAUGCGAGUGGCCGGCCACAAGCAUACUGGGCGGUGGUCAUGGUUGUGUACAGAACGGUCAUACUCCGGUCUUUGAGAUGAUUAUAACACCGGAACUGGAGUAUCCCAUUGUGUGUACGGGUGUGCGCAAGGCUGCCAAUGGCUGUCUCAAGUUGGAGCUGAUCAACAUGAACAGUGGUGCAAGUUGGUUCCAUUCGGAUGAUUUGGAAUAUGAUGCUAUGGCCACUAUGGUACCAAGACGAGACUUGCUUAAAGUCGUUAAAGUUCAUCAGGUGGAAAAGGAUGCGAUUAUUGUUUGUUAUGGCAACAUUAUACAGGUGGUAACGCUUCAGGGCAAUCCAAAACAACAUAAAAAACUGGUCUCACAAUUAAAUUUCGAUUUUAAUGUGGACAGUAUAGUGUGUCUGCCAGAUAGUGUUUUAGCAUUCCACAAGCACGGCAUGCAGGGCAAGUCGCUGCGUAAUGGUGAAAUCACCCAAGAAAUUAAAGAUAUGAGUCGUACAUAUCGUUUGCUGGGUAGUGAUAAAGUGGUGGCAUUAGAAAGUCAAUUGUUACGUACUGGUUCCUUAGGUAGUGAAGAGGGUCAUGAUCUUUAUAUAUUGGCGGGUCAUGAGGCCAGCUAUUAAGUCUUUAACUGUAAUAGAAAACCACAAACAAAAAAGUUAAACUGCUUAAAUUAGUAUUACACAACAAAAUACACAAGCAACUAAAUUUGAUUAUACAGAAAAAAAGUCAAAAGAUAAAAUUUAUAUAUUAAAAGAAAAACAAAAAAAAAACAAUAUUUUAAACUUAAAAUCAAACAGAGAUUGUAAAAAAUAAUUUAGAAUUUAAUAUUUAGAGAGGCAAAGUUUAUUUAUAAAAAAAACAUACCCAAAACGAAAUGGAAGUAAAUUUAAAAGAAAAAACUUCUAACUAAAUUUAGCUAAACACAACUACAACAAAAAUAUAUGUAAAUUAUUAAGAAUUUUUGUAUAAUCCCUUUAUAAUUUUCUUUUUUAAAUUAUGUAUUAUUUCAUAAAAAAAAAACUGCUACUACAACUUUCAAUCACUCAUAUUCCAAGUGUAGCCACCCCUUGAACUGAGUUACAAUAAAAAUAAUAAGACUUUAAAUUACCGCCCCCCCCCAUCCAUUUUUUAACAAUUAUUAUGUUAAAAAUUUAUAUUAAAAAUAAUAAAUAAAAACAACAUUAAUAAAUAUAAUUAUUUAAUAAAACAAGCCAACAACAAAUCAACCAAUAAUUAUGUUUAAUUGUAUGUAAAUUGUUUGUAUUAAUUAAAAGAAGAAAAAAAUUCAAAAUAAAAUAAUAACUUUUUUAUGAUUAAUAAAUUAAUUGAUUUAAUUUUUUUAUUGUAAUUUUUAAUAUUAAUAAUAAACUACUUUAUACUUUAUUUUUUGUUAGCAUUUAAGUUAAUGAAUUAAUUAAUAUUUAGCAUUAAAGGAAAGUGAUUUAUUGAUUAAAUUUAAAUAAACAAUAAUAAUUAUUAAAAUAAAUAAAAAAACAAUAACAAUAACACUUUAUAAAACUUCAAUUUACAUAAAAAAUUAACACUCACUCAACUCAUUUCACACAUAUACACACAUACACACCCUCAGAAAGAAUUCACAAUUAUAUAAAUAUUAAAAAAAUAAUACAUUUAAUUAUAAACAAAUAAACAAAAAAAAAAGUGAAACAAUUUAGAUUGUAGUAUUGUACGUAUAAUACUUUUAGUAUUUAAAUAAACAAUUUUAAAUAUUAAUUAAUUAUAAAUAGAACAAACAAAAAACAAAUGAAUCAAAGUGUGAGAAAAAGUUUAAUUGCCACAUUUAAUAUCGAUGAAUUUGAAAUUCAUUUCUUAUCUCUUUACCAAGUGGUAAAGAAGAAAUCCAUCAGAAUCCGAAAUCCUUCCCAAAUGAACAUCUAGAUGACUUAACCGAUAUUUAGCACAGAUGAGAUCUGAGAUAGUUUAAGGAUAGCUUAAGAAUAAUACAUAUAUAAAAAAGGCGUAUUUUUUAAACUUGAAAAUAGUAUUUUCAGAAUAUCUGUCCUAUCGAGUAUAGCUCUUGGGAGGAGAAUUAAAACUACCCAGUAGUUCAAGUGAUUUUACCUAUCAUUUUGGGUGACAACUAGUUACGUGUCUAAGCAGAGGUUCAAUUGAUACUUUUGGAUUACAUUGUGAAUGUGUGAUAGCUGGUCCAAAGUAGUCAACGCAUUAGAUACACAUAUCGGUUACAUAGAGUCUGGUUCCUUACCAGCUCCCUAACUGGUUACUUAAUCAGCUACAAAACUGGUUAUUUUAUCAUGUACGGUUGCUAAUUGACCUCAAAUAGUAAGUUAAAAAGCCUUCUCAUAUACAGUCCAAUAACCGAUUGCUUUUCAACAAAACUUACUCCCACAAAUGCUACUUUCUAAAGUGCUGCACAUAAUAAACUUAUAAAGUGGAGACACUAAAGUUACAAUUGACUUCAUGCUAGAUUAUCUGCGAUGUUAGUAUACUUAAGGAAAAGGAAAAUAAACUGUAGGAGAAUUAUAUCAGAACGAUUUGUAUAAAACAAGUUUGUACGUAUAACUCGCAAAUAAACUCUAAAUUACUUAGAGACACUUAAGUGAAAAUUGACGCUAGUUUACAUGGGAUGAAUAUAAGUAACCAAUUGACUUCUCUCUGCACUUCAUAGAGCACAUACGUGUCAAAUGACCCAAAAUAUAUCAAUAAGAGUUAACUUAGUUAUCAGACAUUAGUGACAACUUUUCAAUGUCUAGUAACUAGAGUUUUUCUUUUUCUGCACUUUUUCAUAUCCCGGGAAAUCGUGAUUAAUUUUGAAAUUUCCAGGGAUUCCAGGAAUGGCUUCAAUUUCCAUUACAUUUUGUUCUACUUUAGUUAGAUUUCAAUUAACUCUGUUAUUUAAUUUUAAAUUGGCAAUGGUUUGCUUGUUAAAUCCAAAAUUAAGUAAAUAUGUUAAUUAAAACUUGAAGAAAACUCAUUAAUAUUAAACAAAAUUAAAUUCCACUGAAGGUAGUUUUAUUCCAAAAAAUUUCGUUUUACUCUGUGAAAAAGAAAAAUACUAAAAUAAUUCCACUUUCGAUCGGAAUAGAAUUCUGUGACAUCCCGGACAAUUCUGUGACAACAUUCAACCAAAAAAUUUUACUGGGUACUGUGAUAUUUGCUAAAUCAAAUAUUGUUUAGUUGAAUAAUCUAUUUUUAGUGAUUAAUAUUUCUAAGAAUACAUUGAAAUGUUAUAAAUCGCUUGAUACUACUUAUAAAGUGCAAAAUCAAUUAUAAAAUUUUUUCGAAGGUUGUUGUCAAAAUGCGUAUUCCCAGAUAUAAAAACUAGCAAAUAAAUCCAUAAUAAAAUUUCCCAUUUGGUGACUUAAAAUGUUUAAAAUGUUAUAUACCCUGGAAAAAUGUUUAGAAUUUGUUCUAAAAUAACUAGUUUUAGAUUCUUCAAUGACAGCCUUGAUGUGAUGUAGCAUUUACUUCAGGAACCCGUGAACUAUUGUGAUUUUAAAGUAAUUAUGUAGAGUUUUUAGGAACUUAUUCUUUGGCAUUAGUUAUACAUUGGUUCUAGAAUUGUUCUAAAAAACCUAAAGCAUCUCUAGAAUUAGUUCCGUGAGUGAUAAUUUCGAAUUGGCUGAUUUUGUUUUAUUCGAUUCGAAAUUUUCAGGAGAUGGUUUGUAAAGAAAAAAUUCGGAAAUUUUAAUUUUUAAUAUAUUGCCUUCUUUUCACUUCUCACUUUUCUUAAUAAGAGACAUUUUUUGGAGAAACUUGAAGAACUAACAUUAGUAAAUAGCUACCAGGCGAAGCCGGUGCGGUCAUCUAGUUUCAAAUAAAAAUCAUUUAUUAAAGAACUGGUACUGUUCCAAAUAACGUGUACUAGCACCGCAACGAUUAUCUACAACAAGUUCUGGAGGUGACAAUUUUAUUCGGUUAUGUUUUUGAAAUAUAUAAGCAGGAAAAUUAAAAAUUUUGAACUGGAAAACAACUUAUUUUAAAAGUUAGUGCAGGUGCACACACGUCAAGUUUACUUGAGCAAGCGUUGAGUUUAUAGAAGAGGGAGGAAAAUAUUUGCAAUCACCUCUCUCUUCUAUAAAUUCAAGACUUGCUCAAGUAAAGACGUGUAUGAACCAGUACUUAAUUUCCAUCUAAAUUUUUGGGUGGAAAAAGCUGAGCUAACAGUGAAUAAUUUUCUGCGAAAAUACAAUUUUUUUAAGACAUAUUUAAAUGUUUUGAAACAAGUAAUAGUAAAUUCAAGGCCAAACAUUUAAAUUGUUAAAUUCAAACAUAAAUAUCAUGGAUUUUAAGAGUAAACAUUAAUUUUUAAAGAAACGCUUCAAUAUACAUUAACUCGCUCUGUAUUCGAUAGAAAAAAUUCGAUUAAAAGUUUAAUUGGUUUACAAUCGGGUGUAUAAUUAAGAAGAUGCAUAUUUAUUGUCAAUUGGCCCCACUGUCAUAGAGGAAUGAAGCGAAUUUGUCUUAAGGAAUAAAACAGCUACUUCUGCUGACAGACUUUGAUAUGAGUAUCUGUUUAUUGAAUUUAAUGCAAAACAGUGUUCUUUACUCGGAAUUAUAAUCUGUUGUUUUGUGCUUUAGCAAGUUAUUCAAGAUUUAUUUCUGUCAGAAAGAUUCGGAUAUCAUAUAAAGUGUUACUGGUCUGUUUUGCCUUACCAAUAUCUUUCAAAAUAAUUCGUGUUCUUAAUGAUCCAGGUUUUUAGUUUGGAUUUAAAACUAAACGUGAUAAUUUAUAUGGAAAACAAAAUAUCAAACAAUUGUAUUUGUUUUGAAAAGAUUUAAUUUUCUGGCAUAUUCAUUAAAAAUCAAUGAAUUUGAAUCAAUUUAAUAUCUAAUAUACAUAUAUUAAAAAUCAGUUUUUAUAUAAUUGAUAUUAAAUGUGGCAAUUAUCUCCUUGUUUUAUUACUAGAUACUAGUAACAAAAUUUAAUAAAUACUAAAAAAAUUAAUCAAACAACAAAAAUAUAUUUUUCUUAUUAUAAUAAAAAAAAAAACAAAAAAAAUUUCAACAACUUUAAAAGUAAAAAAAAAUGAAAAUUCACUUACACCACCUUAAAAAGCAAACAAACAAAAAGAAAGCGACGAAAAAUACCAAAUCCUGCAACAAAAUAAUACCUAAAAUUUAAAAUAAUUAACAAAAAAACUGAAAAAUAAAAAAAUUUAAAUAAUUGUUAAAAAGAAAAAUCAAAUGAAAUGUAUUAUAAAAAAAAUCAAAAAAAUAAUUCAAAUAUUUCCUCUAUAAAGCCGUUAUUACAAAACAAAUGAUAAAAAGUUUAAAAUAUUUAAAAUAACAAAACACACACCAACCAACACAUUAAACAAAAUAUUGUAUGUAAUUUAGCUGGAUCAACAAAAAAGGCACAUUUUAUGAAAUUGUUGCAAAUAUUUAAAUUAUAUAUUUACGAAAAAUAAAAUUGAAAAACUAAAUCACUAACACCCCUACAAAAGAAAAAUUCUAAUUAGAAAUUAGUUAAAGCAAAAGAAACAAAAAAAAAAUUUAAUUACUAAUAAAAAAAAAUGUACGAUGAAAACUUUAGUAAGAUUAUAUUAAAUGUGUUGUUGAAAUUUCUAUAUAAAACGAUAAGAAAAUUAAACAAAAAAAAAAUAAAUUAAUAAAACAAAUAAGAAACAACAAAACCAAACAACCAACCCCAUACAAAAAAAAAAUAACUUACAACACAAAACAAAACACUUUUUGCUCAUUUUGUGUAGUAUUACAAAAUAAUUAUUAACAAUAAUUAUUAUAAUUAAAAUAAUAUUUGAAAAAAAAACAGAAAACUAAAAAAAAUACAAACAACAAACAAAAGAAAUUAAUUAUUUUAAGUAUGAUGAACAAAUAAAUUAAAAAUUUAAAAACAAAAUAUUAAAAAAAUAUAUUAAA